AUGUCUCCGAGCGAUGGCGAUGACCAUCCUAAUCCACUGACUCGCAUGGUCUCACCAUCGCCAGCGCGCGACUCACUACGCAGUAACCUCGAUGUCGCCGAAGGGACGUCCACACUCAAGAAGAAGCGCUCAUGGAUGGCCGGCCUGCGAGAUGCGGUCUCCAAGAGUGCACUCCACGCAAAGGCUGCUGUAGAUUCGUUUCGUGGUGAUCAGCAGAAAGCGGAAUCGACAGCUGAGCCUGAUCACGUCGCGGCAGAUGCAGCAUUUACCGGAUUAUGCCACCAACCAGAGCCAAAGGAGAGGCUCUCACACGAAAGCGAGGCCAGCAAGGCCGACAGCGUCUCUUCCGUCACAUCACUACGUCCGCAACACGGGCGCCAGCGUUCCCUUGCUUCGAGGAUUGGCACAGCAUCUCUCCGUCAGCAUCUUCGCAACCACUCGCAUGCUCAUAGCAAACGAAGCAGCGUAUACAGCAUUGUCGCAAACGACGAGCAUGACUGCAGUCCGGCUGGCCCUGAGCUCUUUGCUACAACUUCCUCGCCGCCAGCAGGGAAGCCGGGCGCAUAUAAAAGGCACGAAAGUGUUGCCAAAGGUGUCAUCGGGAGCAUACGAGGUAUACGACGCAAAGGUACGUCGGAUUCGUUGGCGCCACCGCUGCCCGACCUGGACACCCCAGGAGUGAGCCAGGCGCGGCGUGUGCCUCUGCCGUCUUCACCAAUACCUAUCCCAGCUCUUGCGCCGGCUCUAGAUCUUGACCUCGGACCAUCUGGCUUCUCAGUGUCACCUCCACGAUCUUUCACCAAUACUCGCUCGGCCAAGGGAUCAACGUCAGUCUUGCCCUCUGGAAAGGGUACGUUUGGUCCCACAAUCGAGGACGGAAGCAUCCAGUCAAGGCGCAGAGGGCCGCUCGGCACUGGAGGACAAGUCCGGCCCCGCGAUCUCCUUCAGAUUGACACUGGAAGUUUCAACUUUGAGCUGCCACCUGGGCCACCAACGCCAAUGCCCGGGACUAACUUGCCUCUCGAAAUCGAUGGUGCCAACGGCGAGAUGUCGCAGAUGUUCGAGAGAAGUGUGACCCCGCCGAGCGCGAAAGAGAGGAAGUGGCUGCGUACCAUGCGGUCUCUUGAUGCUAUGGCAGAGGCGUAUGCAGCUGCGCCGAAGGACACUGAGGCCACUUCGGCCAACAGCCAGUCUGGUGGUCCCAGCAAUGAUUUGGCGAGCCGGACGCCCAAGUUCAGCUCUGGUACUGCAACUGAUAGCUGCUCACCAACGCAGCCACAACCUAAAAACGUCCAGCUGUGCUCCACUUCAUCACUGGAAGCCAUGGCCGAAGCCUCCACCAUCGCGCAUCGCAACGACGAGCUUGAGCUUCAGCGUACUGUGGAAGCUGGCAGAGAGCUCCCGAAUAGCACUCCUGCUUCACCACAACGCCGCAAUGCUACAUCGGCCGAGACAGUACAUACUUUGCCUUCGGACAUGGAGUCGCUUAGUCGACAAAGGGCAUAUGAAUCGCCACCGCGGUCGCAUGUCCCUGGCACUGGUGAGGUAGACUGCAUGCCAGUCGAGGAUCCCUUCAAGGACGAUAAAGCUGUUGGCAGCGGACCACCUUCGCCCGAUCGCAGUGUCACGUUGCCAUUUCGUCCGAAGGCCUCUCAAGUCUCACACGACGCGUCAGCCACUCAAGUAACCAGAAAUGCUCGCACAUCGACUACUGAGGAACCAGAAGCGAACAAGUACGUCUUCACACAGACUGUACCGACCAGUCCCGCAACCUCUCUCGCCCUGCAGAUGGAGCUCCAACGCAACUACGACAUGGCUACACGUUAUGAAUAUGCCGAGCAAAGUAAAAACGUCCCACUCGAGCGCGAGUCUUUCGAGGAUGAAGAUCCCUUCGAGAAUCGUGCCUCUGAUGAUGACACUUGCAUGGGAGCCCAGGAGCUUCUCACUUACGGCAUCAUCCUACCCAACUACAGCUUUGAUAGCCUGAGCGGCGGGGAGGGCAUGUCGCCUCAUGGCGGUCCCUUAGCCUCCAACCUCCCCGCCAUUGGCCGCCAUGAUGAGAACUCGAGCCCGCCAAGCAGCCGCUCCUGCAACAGAUACACUGCCGGAGCUAGCGAUGCUCAGUACAGAUUCAGCGUCAACAACUGGCUGCGCGAGCCUCCGACAACGCAUGCGCCAGACGACGAGCAAGCAACGCCCAGACGCAGAGGCGCCAUCUGGAGCAGUGAGUCGGUUUCGUCGAAUGAAGAGCGGAAGACGCCCGAGAUCAGUCCGUCUACCACGAAUCCUGACCGGACGCCUUCGAUGGGCAACAGGCUGGAGUUCGAUCUCAAGCGCUCCAACCGCAACAUGCGCUACAACGCUUUGCAUCAGGGGUCGACGGCUGAGAGUGUGGGUGCACGUUGUCUGUCUGGCCGCUCGCAGCACCGCUUCCUCAUCGGCUGCUCCGAGGACGCAGACGAGAACGACCUUCAGCUCUCUGACUUCAACACUGCGUACGAUGUUUCCACAGAGGCCUUGCCUGGCGAAGCUGGCAAAGCCACCGAAGCCCGCAUGAACAAUCGAGACAGCGUGACGGAGUCGAUGAUGAACGCCGCUCACGAUUACGGCCAGCUCCGCCGGCGGCUCGAGGAGGUCGAAGACGUCUUCGCAGAUCCCGCUGGCGUUUCUGAGGAUCCCUUUCGCUCGCCGGAGAUGACAGAACUGGGCGGGGUGGACCCCCAUGACCGGUGGGUUGCAGAGGCUUCCGCCCUAGUGCGAGAAGUCGAGGGUGCUGGAGCGGAGUCUCAACUUCGAGACGCGACGGAUCGCUGCUUUGGAAGGGCGAGUCCGGCUGUUACCAGGCUGUUGGAGCAGACCAAGCUUCGUUUCGCCGCGCCGGAGUCAGCAGAAUCAGAGACGACAGAGCAGUUGGAGUCGCCUGUCGUUCGUAUCCUGUCCCCAACGGAGGCGCCACCGACAAGCUUUCCUUCGGAGACCAAACGCACGCGCAUGGUUUCCGACGACACGCUUGAUGCCAGCUUGGAGCUGUACUCUCGCAGAAGCAAUGUGCAUCAGAGUCACGAUAGCUCGGCUGCUGAGGAGGUCGAGCUUGAAGACUGA